CCUUUUUUCCCCGGGCCGCGGCGCCGGAGCUCGGGGCUGGGCGGACUCGCUCCUUCUCACGGGGCAGCGGCGGCUGCCGCGGCCGCGCUUCAGGAUGGGACAAAUGACACUUGGUCUUACCUGCACUGGACUGGGCAGACUUCAGAAAGCAUACAGGCUCAACACUGAGUAUAAACCACAUUUGCUACUGGCAUAAGACAGCUGCAAUGGAAAAAAUGUCCUCUAGUCUGAGGACAUGUUUGAUUGAAUACUGGUGUGAAUUUUAAAAGAAAAACUGAUGAUACAAAGGACAAUGUGCAGUGUGUAUGCUGAUGACAUUUUGUGUGCUGUGACAUAGUUUUUGCCAUGGCAUCUGAGACUGAAAAGGCCCAUGCUCUUCUUCAGACUUUCAGCACAGCUUCAGUUAUUUCUAGUCUAUGUUUGGGAAUAUUCUGCUUUGUAGCAGACAGACUUCUGCAGUUUUCCUUCAUUCAGCAAAGUGACUGGCUCCGAGCUUUCUCUGAUAAUGCAGUGCAUGGUCUACUGGGAAUGUGGUCCUGGGCAAUAGUGAUUGGACUCAGGAAGAAAAGUGACUUCACUGAGGCUGCCCUGGCUGGCUUCCUCGCCUCUGUCAUUGAUGUGGACCACUUCUUUCAUGCUGGCUCCCUGUCAUUAAAGGCUGCUCUGACUCUUCCACGGAGACCACUUCUUCAUUGUUCUACUGUGAUUCCUGUUGCAGCUCUGACAUUAAAGUUCAUCAUGCACCUUUUCAGGCUUAAGGAUUCAUGGUGUUUUCUUCCUUGGAUGUUGUUCAUAUCCUGGACUUCUCAUCACAUCCGUGACGGGAUUCGUCAUGGCCUCUGGAUCUGCCCAUUUGGAAAAACUCCUCCUUUGCCAUACUGGCUGUAUGUGGCAAUUACAGCAUCUUUACCUCAUCUGUGUUCAUUUAUUAUGUAUUUAACAGGCACUAGAGAAUUGAUGUCUAUAAAACAUGGAAUCCGCAUAGAUGUAUAAGAAUGAUUUGUUGUUGUUGAAGGUUGUUUGUAUUAGCACUUAAAAUAAGCCAUUUGUUUACUGCUGAAGUGGUUUCCUUAUGUUUCCUACGACUUCCAAGUUAGGCAUCUUAAGCCUGUGGAACCAGUUACAGCUCCUGUGCCAGUUCUCUGUAGUGAUAGAGACCUAUUUAAUGAAUGGUAGUAAAUUUAUAUCUUACAUUCCCCUGGUAAAACGUGGUCUUCUGAUACUGUUCAUGCAUAGGUAGCUGGAGAGGCACUUUUUACAAGGAUGUGUGGCACUAGGACAUGGGGGAAUGUGUAUUUAAACUGAAAGAAGGGAGAUUUAGAUUAGAUGUUAGGAAGAAA